ACAGUAGCAUAGUUUUCAAGUGUAAAAUAAGGCAAGAUGUCAGCAUAUAAGUACAUAAUUAGUUUGGCUGUUCUGGUCGCCGCUCUGUUGACCGUCACCACUGUACCCUCUGCCAAUGGAGCUAUCACUUCCUAUGCUGAAAAUAAUAAGUCGCAUCAUCUGAUCGUUGGCUACAGGAUGGCUGGUGACAGGGUCGUUCUCAAAGAGAACAUCAUCAAGAAUUCUAGCUGGAUGAAGGUUCAAAUUGUUGAAAAGACUUUCAAUAUCUCGAGAAAUGAACGUAUCACCUUAGUUGAAGCAUUGGACCAGAAGACAAACGGAAACGGCGCGCACGCUAGUAUUUUGAAUGGUGGACCUGGACACAACUUCGUCAGCAUGAGAUUCAAGAGUCAGAGGGGUCAUGGUGUUAAUUUUGCACUUAAUUUGUAUGGACGACCUUAAUUAGCCACAGUGAAAGCAGCUACUUCUAUGACUGGUACAAUUUCUGGAUACAAUUACGACGUAAAAUAGAUUGCAAUUUUAAAGCUACGUCUAGUUAUAUUCUGAGCUAUUUAUUCCAACACUGUGUCACCACACACACACACACACACACACACACAUUGUCGUUGCAAAAAUGUCGCUGAAUAUUUUAAUUAUUCAUUUUAAUUGUCUUGUAUAUU